AUGAAGAAGAAGAAUAGAAAAAUACUUCUCUUUAUUGACAACUGCUCAGCACACAAGGACAUACCUCCUCUGAAGAACGUCAAAGUACAAUUCCUACCACCAAACACAACCUCCAAGCUACAACCACUUGAUCAAGGGAUCAUUAAAAACUUUAAAGUGAACUACAGAAGAGAGGUUGUCAAACGAUUUUUGAGGGAUAUGGACAACGAGUCAAUGACGCAGAUUAAUCUACUCGAUGCACUAUGGAUGGUGUCAAAAGCCUGGAACUGUGUGACUUCGGUGACAAUCAAAAACUGCUUUAAUGCAUGUGGUUUUGAGGUACCCCAACACACCACGGGAAAUGAACUGGAUGAAGUACAGGAUGAACCUUCUAUCGCGGACAUAAAUGAGACACCGGCUGAAUGGACUGUAGCAGCACAGGCUCUGAAUGUUGAAGAGUUGGCGUUCGUGGACUUCGUAGACUUUGACGACGACGUUGCUGUAUGCGGGGAGCUGACUGACGCAGACAUCAUUACAUCGGUUGCUGGAGGUUCGAGUUCGAAUGCAGUUUCUUCAGACGAGGGAGAGGAGGAUGAGGGCGAAUCAACACAGCCAGACCCAACUCUUAAAGAUGCUCGUGCUGCAAUUCAUGUGAUUCGGUGUUUUUUUGAGAAAAAGUCAGUGAUGAGUGAUAGUGUUGUGAAUUGCAUCAAUAACUUGGACAUAGCAUUGGAUGCCGUAAACAUAAAAGGUAAACAAGCAAGAAUUGAAGAUUUCUUUCAUCCCGUUUUGCCAAAGUAG